CGACCGACAUGAAGCCGAGGAAAAUCUUGUGUUUAAAAGAAAUGUGUUGUGUUCUUAGUGAAAACAGGGAACUCAGGGUCUUUAACCUGCAGAAUUCAGAAAGUGCUGAUUUUGAAUUACCAAUAGAUGUUCUAGACAUUGUAAAAGGAACAAACUCAAUGACAUUAUAUACGCUUGGAAUGAAAGGUAAAUAUCUCCUUGUGUCAGUUUUGGACUUGAAACAAAAGACGAUUCGAAAGUCAUUUCCUCUUCAGUCCGUUAUAAAGUUUGAAACUGUGGACAUUUGCCUGAGUCAGAGCGAAAGGUACCUUUGUAUUCGGCUAAAAGUUGUUCCAGAGGAGUUGGAAAAUAUAAAAGCCUCAUCAGAAAAAAGGUCUUUUUCCCCACAAUAUCAUCCAAACAAAUUUGUAGCUGUUGAUUUACAGCAGGAAACUGGAGGACUCAUGCCUUGUGUGAGAAAUUUUAGUCCUGUUCCUCACUUAGGAGAAGUCAUAUGCCCUCAUAUGGGAAAUUCAAUGAUAAUCAACAACAAAGAUUGGGUCAGGUUUUGGGACAUUCCAACAGGAAAAUGCCGCAGAAGAGCAAAAGACAAAGAACAGUCAUCAAAUAAAAGUAACUGGUUUGAGAAUUUUAAAGAUUUCAAAGGACAAAGUAAAGCACUUGCGCAAAGCAAAGAUGGGCGAACAAUGGCUUUAGGAAUGAAAAAUGGUUACGUUUUUAUUUUUGAUGUUACAACAGCUUAUCCAAUUGGGGAAAAGUUACCUAUCACCAAACAUGCAGCACCAGUUAGGCAUGUGGUAUUUUCGACGGACUGUCGUUGGUUAGCGUCAGCAUGUGAAAACAACAAAAUUAAAAUAUGGAACAGUACUACUGCUUCAGAGAUCUUCAGUACCAAAGCACUCGGGGAGGUUCAGGAAAUGAUUUUCUCGAUUGAUUCAAGACAUUUAAUUGUACUGUCUGGCAAACAGUUUUCACGCAUAUUAUUGUACAGAAUACACGCAGGAGACAAUUCGAGGGUGGAUAAAUAACUUGCUUACAAUUACUCAGGGUCACUUGAAAAUCAAAACAUCUUGAUAUAUAUUUUCAUAUCAUUGGUGAUACUUUUUAGAAUUUAUGAAAUUAAUUGUCAUCAUUUCAUGGUCGAUACAGUGACCUUGUCAGCAAAUACAACCUAUCAUUAAGUCAAAAUAAAUGCUGACUGACGUUUUUCAUCCUAUAUUUGAUAGACAAUUAUUUACACACUUAAUUGUCUACGGAUUUUUCCCUUAUUAUUGAAAGUGCGUUAUAAAAUGUUUUUAAAAUAACUUUAUAAGACACAUUAUUAGAUAAGAGACUUAUAUUUUACAAUGAUUUUUUUAAAUUUUACUGCAUAGAUAGAUAGAAGAAGAAAUCUCACUGGAUUCAGGAGAUUUAUCACGGUUCCUUAUUUUCACCCUUUUACUUAAAACUACAUGUAGAAUGUUAACAAUUUCGUCCAUGUAAUAUACUAUGUUUAUUUUAUCGAUAAUGUUGACCUUUUAACCUUCACAUUUGAGCAAGUGGCUUAGAAUUUAUGGGCAUUUUAAUUGUAUAGUGAAUAAAAAAGCUGCAUGUUCAAA